UGUCAACUUUGUUUUUUUUUGUGGUUAAACUUCAAUUUUAGCCAAAAUAGUCCGCAAGAUAAAUUGCGACGGAAUGAAAAUUCAUAGUGUUUUCAAUUGCAAUUUUCAUAUUGUUUAGGCAAGGGACAAUUGCAGCAAGAAUGUCCACUAAAGUCGUAGCUACAGCUACAGUUCGUGCCAUUAAUCGCAAAUUAACUCCAACGAGAGCAGCUCUAGUUUUGACUCCUGCCGCUGUUAACCGGAUCAAGAGACUCUUGCAAGGAAAAACCGAAUACAUUGGACUAAAAGUUGGAGUGAAACAGAGAGGAUGCAAUGGUCUUUCCUAUACGCUAGAUUAUGCCAAAGCAAAGGAUAAAUUGGACGAGGAAGUUGUCCAAGACGGAGUUCGGGUGAUAAUUGACAAAAAGGCUCAAUUGUCACUCCUUGGAACAGAAAUGGAUUUUGUGGAGACCAAACUCUCAUCCGAGUUUGUUUUUAACAAUCCCAACAUCAAAGGUACUUGUGGAUGUGGAGAGUCCUUUAGUAUAUAGAAAUCUCAAGAGAACAAAAGAAAAAUUGUCUUGUGAAAUAUAAUGAAAUACCGUAGAAGAAUGUACCUAUAUUAAAUUCUAUAUAGACAUAGAGCAUAAAUAAAUUAUUUGAUUGUG